UCAGAUGAUGAUAUGGUGUUUCUCGAGACGGCUAUUGUGUUUAUCGUAGACGAUUAUGGAGAGAAGCAUGAGGCACGGGCGCUUCUGGAUUCGGGCUCCAUGUCCAACUUCAUUUCGGAUACGUUAGCUCGGAAGCUCAUGACACCUCGAACGAGAGUUAAUGUAUCAGUGUCUGUCAUCGGAACUUCAAGGCAGCAGAUAAAGGGUUCGACCACGGCGAUCGUUCGUUCAAGGAACCUUCAAUUCACCACCCCAUUGGAGUUUCUGAUUCUGGAUACACCCUCGGCGGACAUUCCCACCUCACCAAUCAACGUGUCUUCGUGGAACAUCCCGGAUGUAACGCUAGCAGACCCCACGUAUCACAUCCCAGGCAAGGUCGAUGUGGUCAUCGGUGGCGAUACGUUCUGGGAGCUGCAUACCGGACGUAAGCAAUCUCUCGGUUCGGGUCUGCCAUGGUUGGUAGAAACGCAGUUUGGAUGGGCGGUAGCAGGAAAUACAACGCAUUCGUCUCAACAACAUCGGCUGUGUAAUAUGGCAACGAGCGACAGUCCGUUGGAAGCCAUAUUGAUGCGGUUCUGGGAGAGCGAGACCAUCUUCGACGAGCCCGCUCUAUCUCUGGAGGAAGACAUGUGUGAACGUCAUUUCAUCUCUACUACAACCAGAGACCCAUCUGGCAGGUAUGUCGUACGUUUACCACAAAAUCCUAAUUCGAAGGUCGUUUUAGGAGAAUUGAAAGCAAUCGCUGAUCGUCGUCUCCUAGCGGUGGAACGGCGGCUCAAGUCUAACCCUGCAAUGAAGGAGGAGUAUAGUAAUUUCAUGUCGGAGUAUGAGCGCUUAGGGCACAUGAAACAACUCACCGAGCCGGUGGACGAUUCGUGUGAACACUACUAUCUCCCUCAUCAAGCGGUGCUUAAGGAAUCGAGCACAACCACCAAGGUCAGGGUAGUCUUUGACGCGUCGUGCAAGACAUCUUCUGGGUACUCCUUGAACGACAAACUCCUGGUUGGGCCGGUGAUCCAAGACGAUCUGUUCACCAUCAUCGUUCGUUUCCGGUCUCACGCAGUCGCACUCUCAGCAGACGUUGAGAAAAUGUAUCGCCAAAUUCUCCACGAUUCUCGCGACACUGAUUACCUGCGCAUUCGGUAUAGAGGAAACACCGCAGAGCCGAUUCAGACGUUCCAACUACAAACGGUAACAUAUGGCACGUCUUGCGCACCUUUCCUAGCAACAAGAACGCUAAAGCAGAUCGCUCUCGAUCACAAGAUGCAAUACCCCCGAGCAGUGGAUCCUGUAUUGCACGAUUUUUAUGUGGAUGACCUGCUAACGGGAACAGACGAGUUGGCAGACGCAAUUGAAAUGCAAAGGCAGAUUUCUGAGAUGCUCAAGCAGGCUGGAUUCGUGUUGAAGAAGUGGGUGUCGAACGUACCCGAAGCACUAAUCGGCAUUCCUUCUGAAGACCUGGCCAUCCUUCCUACUCACGAAUGGCAAGAUCCCCAGUUUGUAUCGACGCUUGGUCUGGUUUGGGAGCCAGCAGUUGAUAUGCUGCGAUAUCGGAUCGAUCUACCAACUGCUGCGACGAUGUUGACAAAGAGGCUAGCUUUGUCCUACAUCGCCAAAAUCUUUGACCCACUUGGCUUGCUUAGUCCAACAAUUAUCAUCGCUAAGCUCUUUAUGCAACAGCUGUGGAAGUUGCAGGAAAACGGGAAGCCAUGGGAUUGGGAUCGUGAGCUACCAUCACAUCUCCAAAAGGAAUGGACGGCAUUUCAUUCCAAGCUGCAUUCACUUCGGGAAGUGCGCAUUCCGCGUUACACGUCAAUUCGGCAAGCAGCAAACGUGCAGCUUCACAUUUUCGCAGAUGCUUCUCAGGUGGCAUAUGGUGCUUGCUGUUACGUCAGGGCAGAAAACGAUUCGACAACAUCGGUGCAGCUGUUGGCAGCUAAGUCUAAAGUAGUAUCGUUGUCGAACACACACUCUAUAGCGAGACUCGAGCUCUGUGCAGCGCGGUUGGCAACGCAACUGUUCCGGAAGGUCAGUCAGUCCCUCAACGGUGAAUACGAUGCUUUCGCUUGGACUGAUUCCAUGACCGUGCUACAUUGGCUCAAUUCAGCACCACGGAGGUGGAAGCCUUUCGUUGCCAACAGGGUGGCACAAAUUCAAGGAGAAACUCGGAUCAAGUGCUGGAGGCAUGUUCCUGGUGUAGAAAACCCAGCAGACGAUGCAUCGCGAGGUCUACUACCAGACAAAUUGCAAUCCUGUGAACAUUGGGGGCUGCACACGAACUUCAUCGCCUCUACGAGAUGUUUAAGUGCAGCAAUAGCGAACGCAUCGAAAUCUUCAACUGGUGUGCCAAUGAAGAAAUUCAGUGGAAGUUUAUUCCACCUCGAGCGCCACACUUCGGAGGACUGUGGGAGGCUGCUGUACGAUCCGCUAAACAGCACCUAA